AUGCAUGUGAAGUUUUAUGCUUCCAUGUCAUUGCUGCAAGUAGCAUUCCUAGACUGGGUUGAAAUCAAAAUCGUACAUUUGAUUGGUCAAAUAGCACAGGCUGCAGGUCAGAUCUCUCAAUCAGCGGUUGGUGGGCAGGGUCAGUACGCGCCUGCUGUCGCUGGGGGUGCUUUCGCUCAACCACGGCCAACAGGCAUGGUCCCGCAAGCACAGCCUGUCCCAGUUGGCGGUGGCCUUGAUAUGCAGGGGUAUGGUGGGGAUGAUGAAGAAACGCAAAAGUUGCGGGCAGAAAGAGGUAGAAGAGCAGGUGGGUGGACUGUGGAACUGAGCAAGAGGAGAGCAUUUGAAGAAGCAUUUGGUAGCAUAUGGAUUUGA